AUGGUUAAAUCCUAUCAGCGCUUUGAACAGGAGUCCAUACUGAGUGUCAUAUCCAGCAAUUCAAAUUGCUUGUGGAUUCCUGCUGAAUCCAGGAAUGCAUCUGCACAGGUUUUGACUGGCGCACUGGAAAAUGUAAACUGUUGGGGUAUCAAAUCUGGUGAGUUAAUAGGGACUUUCAGCGAUGGGCUACCACCGGGUGCUGCGGAUGCGAAGGCUACAAAACCUCCGGAAACUACGUUUCUGCAGUACCACUCGGAAACGAAUCUUGUGGCGGUUGGGUAUGCCGACGGAUCGAUAAAAAUCUGGGAUCUGCUGUCGAAGUCUGUGUUAUUUACUUUCAAUGGGCACAAGUCAGCAAUAACUGUGCUAAAAUAUGAUGAAACGGGAACCAGGCUAAUCUCGGGUUCUAGAGAUUCUGACAUUAUCGUAUGGGAUUUAGUUGGGGAAGUUGGCCUCUACAAGCUGCGGUCUCACAAAGACUCGAUAACAGGAAUAUGGUGCUAUGGCGAGGAGUGGCUGAUGAGUACAUCGAAAGAUGGCCUGAUUAAAAUUUGGGACCUGAAGGUCCAACAAUGCAUUGAAACCCACAUGGCACAUGUCGGUGAAUGUUGGAGCAUGGGCGUACACGAGGAUCUUGUUGUCACAGCCGGUGGUGAUAGUCAGCUCAAACUUUGGAACCUAAACCUUGAUGGAGGACCAGGAAAUAUGCUGCAGGAGAAGGGAGUUUAUGAAAAGCAAAGCAAACAGAGGGGAGUAGCUAUUGAGUUCAUUACUGUAAAUGAUUCUGCUACUUUUUUCUUUGUUCAAAACGCCGAUAGAACUGCUGAAGUUUUUCGAUUGAGAAGUUCCGAAGAAAUUUCGAAGGCUGUAAAAAAAAGAGAGAAAAGGCUCAGCGAAAAAGGUUUGAGUCAAGAUGAUAUCCAGCAAAAUUUGAGGGAUUCCUUCCCUUCAUUUGUCAUGCAUUCUUUUCAGGUAAUAAGGUCGCCUUAUAAAGUUAAGUCAGUGUGUUGGGCGGCAACAACUUCCUCUAAGCUAGAUCUGGUUGUAACUACAAGCGGCAACACUGUCGAUUACUACUCGAUCCCCUACCAAAAGAGAGAGCCCUCUUCACCUGUUGCAUCCAAGUUGCACUCUUUAGACUUGACAGGCCAUCGUACGGAUGUGCGUGCACUUGAUAUCAGUGAUGAUUGCAAACUUUUGGCCACGGCAUCAAAUGGGUUCCUAAAAAUAUGGAAUAUAAAAGCUAAGCGUUGCAUAAGGACAUUCGAGUGUGGUUACGCUUUGACAUGCAAGUUUUUACCGGGAGGUGCUCUCGUCGCUUUGGGUACCAAAACAGGUGAGCUCCACCUGUUUGACUUGGCUUCAUCCACUCUCUUGAGUUCAGAGAAGGCCCACAGCGGGGCUAUAUGGUCAUUGGAUAUCACAACCGAUGGCAAGAGGCUGGUAACUGGCUCAGCAGACAAAACGGUACGUUUUUGGGAUUUCCAGGUCGAACAAGAACUUGUUCCAGACUCUGUUGAUAAAUUCGUUCCAAAGUUGAAGUUGUUACAUGAUACCACCUUAGAACUCAAUGACGACAUUUUGGCUAUCAAAAUCUCGCCAGACGACAAAUUGCUUGCUAUCUCACUUCUUGAUAACACAGUAAAAGUGUUUUUCCUUGAUUCAAAGAAGUUUUUUUUGAGUCUCUAUGGACACAAACUGCCAGUGUUAUCAAUUGAUAUAUCGUUCGAUUCCAAAUUAUUGAUCACCUCGUCGGCAGAUAAAAACAUCAAGAUAUGGGGACUCGACUUUGGAGACUGUCAUAAAUCACUAUUUGCCCACAAUGAUUCUAUCAUGAAGGUUUGCUUUCUUCCCGAAUCUCACAAUUUUUUCAGUUGCAGCAAAGAUUCGUUGGUGAAAUACUGGGAUGGUGACAAAUUCGAAUGCAUUCAGAAGUUGGCCGCCCACCAGAAAGAAGUCUGGACUUUAGCAGUGUCAAAGGAUGCCAGAACUGUUGUUUCUGCUUCACAUGAUCAGAGUGUUCGCGUUUGGGUCGAAACAGAUGAUCAGGUGUUUUUAGAAGAGGAGAGGGAACGAGAAUCGGACGAGGUUUACGAAGAAACUUUAUUGAAAUCUUUGGAUGAUGGAAACGGCGACGAUAUGUUCCAAAAGGAUGAUGCAGGCGUCGCUGAUGAUCAAGCUACCGACGUUCACAAACAGACUACAGAAUCAUUAAAGGCAAGCGAGAGGCUGGUUGAAGCCCUUGACCUUGGAAUGGGAGAGAUUAAUUUACAGUUGGAAUAUGAAAAGGCAAUGAAAGUCUGGAAGAAAUCAAAAACGGGCGCACAACCUGGUGUCCCACAGCCCAACAGCAUACUGAUAGCCGUUCAAAGAACACCGCUAGAGUAUAUCAUGGAUGUUUUGAUUAAAAUCAAACCCUCACAGCUCGAAGAUGCUCUCCUGGUUCUUCCUUUUUCCUAUGUGCUGAAUUUUCUGCAAUAUAUCGAAUUAGUGAUCGAUGAGCCAAACAUCAUGCACCGCCGUCUCCCUCUAAUCUGUCGAGUACUGUUUUUUAUCAUAAAAUCGAAUCACAAGGAGCUGUUUUCACAGAAGAAUGAAGAUUUGAAAGUCCAAAUUGACAGGAUCAAGCUAGGGUUGAGAAAUUCAAUUAAGCUAAAGGUUGAUGAUCUUGGUUUCAACCUGCAAGGUCUGAAAUUUAUCAAGCAACAAUGGAAUUUGAAGCAUAAUUUUGAUUUCGCGGAUGACAUCACAGCACCAACCUCUCAAGAUAAUAAGGUCAAGAAAAGGGUUUUUGAAACGUUGGUAUAG